GUUUAAGUCGCAGUGAUUCAGUGGUACAUUGUGUCAAGGAAAGAAUAAUCAUCAUCAGCGCUACACUGUAACAGCUUCAUUUGAACUUACUGAGUUCCUGCUGAGAUCGUAAUGCUGAAAGUCUAGACUGCAAGAAGUUUGACUACCGUUUAUUUAAUCUACCUGCAAGACAUUUUGGAUUAUUUGGACAUUUCAGGAGUUUGAGCGUCUGAAGUUCUGUGCAGGAACUUCCACGCGGGAGUCUCUUUCGUGUUGUUAUUGAUCAUUUAUCACCUCAGUUAACGCAUCAUAAUGUUUAUGUGUGUUUUUAAAAACAGUUUGUGUUUGGCUUUGAUGUAUUUGGCUUUCUGCGUGCACGUGAUUGAUUGUCAUGAAUGCUCCCCGUGCGCGCUCCGCUCGUGCCCGCGGCUCAGCCCGCUCGGGUGUGAUUCGGCUCGGGUUCUGGCCCGUGACCCGUGCGGCUGUUGUGAGCAGUGCUCUCGGCUCGAGCUCGAGCUGUGUGCUGGUCCGGACUGGACUCUGGGCUACUGCGGGUAUGGACUCACCUGCGCAGCUCUGAACCGGACUGGACCGGCGCUCAUACCUGAGACAGGUGUCUGUAAAGUGGUACCUGAUGCCACAGAUGAAGACGAGCGCUGCCCCCUGGUGAGCGGGUGUGAUCGCGUGAACGGCGAGUGUGUGUGCGAGUCCAAACACUCCUGUAUCAGGAUAUACAGCUUUCCGAACAGAGAUGCAUGUGUGCACGCUGGGAAAACAGGGUCUCGUCGUCAUGAUCACAGACACAGGGAGACUUUAUUCAGUGCUGUUAAUCCGGCAUGCGUGUUCUCCGGUUGUAACCUGACGUCUGCCGGCUGUGUUUGUUCAUUUCAGAGUUGCGAAGGUCAUUUCACGUACAUCAACCGCAGUCAGUGUCAGCGAGCCGCAGAGGAACAGAACUGUGCAGGAGUCUCAUGCCCACCUUUGCCCACCUCUGUGUGCCCACCUGAUUCAUUACUGACCCGCAGCUACACCCCUCCUGUAGACUGCUGCCCGACGUUACACGCUCAGUGCACAUGUGCCUGGUGCCCGCCCCCUCAAGUCUGCAGCAGCGGGCACAGAGCCGUGCUGGUGAGAGCGGGCACUGGAGUGCCAGGAGACUGCUGCCACACUUACACCUGCCAGAGAGAUUCUCCGCGGUGCGUUCAUAACGGGAAGGAUUUUGCGGAUGGUGACGUGUAUCGGAUGGACUCGUGUUGGCUCUGUCAGUGUCGGGCUGGAAUAUCAUUCUGCACUAAAACCGAAUGUGCCAAACUGGACUGUGAUAACUUCUACGUUCCUGAGGGUGAAUGUUGUCCCGUCUGUAUAGAUGUGGAGUUGUUGUCGGUGGAGAGCACGAAGGCGAGCUGCUGGAUGGAUCAUAAACUGCGAGCUCACGACGAACAGUGGAAAGAAGACGACUGCACGUUCUGUCAGUGUGUGGACGGAGAACCUCACUGUACCGCGAUGGCCUGCAAACAGAGCUGCCAGAACCCUGUUAAAAUCCCUGGAGAGUGCUGCCCGUUCUGUGAGGAGCCGUCAUAUGAGACGGUGAGUCCGCUGCUGUGCCCUCCGCUGGAGAACUGCUCUCUCUCUGGGCACGACUGCCCAUUCGGCUUCCAGCAGGACCCUAGAGGCUGUCUGCUGUGCCAGUGUGUGAGCAAUGAUACCUGUCCUGUUUUGUCCUCAUACUGUUCUCUGGAGUGUCCUCUGGGUUAUCAGAAAGAUCACUAUGGUUGUGAAGUCUGCGAAUGUAGCUUAUCAAAUUGUCGCCCCAUGACGUGCAGCAAAACCUGCCCGAAUGGAUAUAUGAGGAACAAACACGGUUGUGAGAUGUGUCGCUGUGUGAAGUGUCCCCCGUUCACCUGCGACAAACGCUGCAGUGACGGCUACAAGACGAACAGGAAGGGCUGCAGUGUCUGCGAAUGUAAUGAUGCAGAUCAUCAUGUGACCAGCACGACGGCCUCCGUUCAGCCGCUGCCCGGCUACUGUCUGACGCCGAGCGGGCGACGCUUCGAGGAGGGUGACAGCUGGCACGACGGCUGCCGUGACUGUUACUGUCACGCUGGGCGUGAGAUGUGUGUGCUCAUUUCCUGUCCUGUGCCGUCCUGCGCCCACCCUGUGCUCAGACCGCACCAGUGCUGCCCCAGCUGUGACGAUGAGUCUGGCAGUGGUCAGAUGGCGGGGAUGGAUAUGGUGGUGUGUCGCGCUCCGGACGGAGAACUCUACAUGGAAGGAGAGACGUGGAGUUUGGACGAGUGCACGCGCUGCACCUGCAGACAGGGUCGUGUGCUCUGUGAUUCUGAAGUGUGUCCACCUGUCCUCUGCCACGCGCCAAUCAAAAACAAAGACACCUGCUGUUACACCUGCCCAGAUGACAAACUCAAUCCCGUCCUUCCUGUCAACAACAGCCAACAGGAAUACUGCAUUUCUACCAAUGGAGAAAUCCUAUUGGCUGGUGACUCAUGGAAGUCCAACGCCUGCACCAGCUGCACCUGUCGCAACGGGACCAUCGAGUGUUUUUCGCAACGCUGUCCACCUGCCAGCUGCAGAGUACCAGUGCUGCGCAAGGGCCAGUGCUGCCCACACUGCCUGGAGGUCACAACAACCUCGGUGCCAAUAAUGCUGUCCAAUGCAGCGACCAAACCCAAUGUCAAAUCCACGGCUACCGUCACAGACAGUCAGACAGCAUGGAUCACAACAGUUCCUCCAGUCAUUGUAAUUACAGAUGAUAGAGGUCUGUCUCGGGAUGCUCCCAGCCAGAUGGAGAUGACUCUCAUCUACCAAUCAGCAGCCUGGAUUCUGGCCGGUCUCCUUUUGGCCAUCGUCAUCUUCCUCAUCGUGGCCGUCCUCAUCAACCGGAGGAAGAACUGGGUGCAAAUGUCCUGCUACAGCGCACCCAAAAAGAUGGUGAUCCUGAAGAAGCAUGUCAACAAGAACUCUGUCGUGUACAUGGAACCAUCCAAAGAGAACAAGUUCCAGAAUGUGAAGAACGAUUGUACUGCGAACUUCCCCCUGGAUGUGGGCUCAUCCAUCACCAUCCCACGAGCCAAACUCGCCAACGGGCACGCCAGGGUCCAACGCUAAAAUCUCCCACAUCUUCCGGAAGGCCUGCAGAGCACUUUCUGUCACUCGCUGUAUCUCCACAUCACACUCCAGAAACUCCAAGCAUAUGCUGGUGACUCCUGAACAUACCGUUGAUUUAUUAGGAGCAAAAGAACGAAGUAUUGUGAAAUGUUUGUGUCUGGGGCUUUAAACCGCUCUCGUGUUGCAGUGGGAACAACAGUUUCAUGGACACAAAGUUCAGUGCCAUUCCAUGUUGGGGAGACAGCUGAGAAGUUCAGAAACCAGAUGGACUUUUUUGACUGUAAAUGAUGCCAUAGAUAAGUUCCUGUUGAAAGGCAGUUGCGUAAUCGAUACAGAUGAUCAGUAAGAUCUUGACGUCAGCAGACCGGCUCUCAGGACUGUCGAGGUUCCCGACAGUCAGCUGAUAAAACGGUUUGUUGGGUUCACGACAUGGACGGAUCAAUAACUGUGCAGUGUGAAAUAUAUCUUACCGUAAUCAAACAUGCAUUGAGGUCUUAAACAUGUUUCCUGACCUCUCGAUUCUGUUAUGUUCAUUUUUAUGUUGUUUUGUCGUUAGUCACUUGUAAGCCUUCUGUCAUGAUGUUUAUAACAGUACUGUGAGAAACAGCAUUCAUCAUAUUCAGUGCUUUAGACGUCUUGAAGACAGAAGUGUCAUUAGAUUUUUUCACAUAAAGUGAUACCCAAUUUCAGUGUUCAUAUUUUCUCUAAGUGCAUUAGUUAAGAUACAUAUGCUUAAAGGGAUAGUUCACCCAAAAAUAUCUCAUUUACUCACCCUCAUGAUAUCCCAGAUGUGUAUGACUUUCUUCACCAGAACACAUUUGAAGAUCUUUUUCACACUAAAAGUGAUCGUGUCGCUUUAGAAGACAUUAAUUUAACCGCUGGAGUCGUUUGGAUGACGUUUAUGAUGACUGUCUAUGAUUUUUGGAGCUUCAAAAGAGAAAUCUCCAUUUAUUUGCAUUUUAAGGACCUUCUGAGCUGAGAUAUUUUACUAUUUUUCUUCAAAUGUGUUCUGCUGAAGAAAGAAAGUCAUACAUCUGCUCUUGUUUGCCCUGUUUUUGAGGCAAUAUUUAAAAUGGUAUUGUUUCCCUUAAGUCACUUAUGUUGGUCAAUGUCUCCUGCUUUUCCUUCACUAUCCACUAUAAUUCAGAUAUUGCAAAGAAAUUCAUAGACGAAACAAAUUUCCGUCAUAUGCCAAAUCUACAUGACUUCUUUAGCAGGUGGUAUCGUAAUGUUAAAAUCACAUGAAGAAAUCUGCAGCCACAAAAGAGAAUGAGUGAAUGCAGCUGUUUGCUAUUACUAAAUGUACAAAAAAAAAAAAAGCAUAGAACAUGAAAGUAUCUUAUUUAUUUUUUCACGUAGUUAUUUAUUAAUGCUAAACUAGUUUGCGUAAUUGACAUUAUCGUCUGAUGUUUUGAUGUUAGCAGAAACCCAAAGCUGCUGUACAGAUUUUGUAAACCGUUUCGCAUCUGUCUGCUUUAUACUCCCGAGCUUAUUUAUUUUACUUUUGCAACAUGUAAAUACAAACCUCUUAGAUGGUAAACUGUAACAUUUACACUUGUUUUGGCAAAUAAAGUGUGUGAACUA